AUGCACACUAGAUCGAAAGGGAGCACGAAUCUUCGUCCCUACGAUCUAAAUCUUGAGAGGAAGUUAAGGAGGGAGAAGAAGGUGUUACUUGAUUGGCUUCGAGAGUUUCAGGACUUCGAAGUUGACAUGGAGACCGGAGCUAGUAGCAAUACCGGGCAACAAGCCCAUACUGGUAAUCAGGCACAGAACUUCAGGGCUGAUCCAAACCCAAAUAUCAAUGUUGGGGGAGGAUUGGGUGCUCAAUUCAUGCAGCAACAGCCUGUGUACCAGCAACCAGGCUAUGGGCAAUUUGCCCAAGAAUUUCCACAGGCAGAGCCAAUGGCUGCACAUUUAGCCACUGAGUUUACUGAAGAGGAUUGCAUUGUGUAUCCAGGGAUUGAGGCAAACAACUUUGAGUUGAAGACUCAGCUCAUACAGAUGGUCCAGAAUAAUCAGUUUGGAGGAUCUCGGGUUGAGGACCCGAAAACCCACAUAGUUCAUUUUGACCGUAUCUGCCAGACCAUCAAGAUGAAUGGUGUUCUUAGUGAGCUCCACAAGGCUUUCAUGCAGGAGCACUGUCCUCCUUCCAAGGCUGCCAAGUUAAAGAAGCAAAUUCAGAAUUUUCAGCAGUUUGGCAAUGAAGAUCUUCCUGAUGCUUGGACGAGAUUUAAAGAAUUGAGGAGGCAGUGCCCGAAGAAUUUGAUGACCCCAGGUGAUUUUAUGUCCUCAUUCUAUGAGGGAUUGUCUAACCGGUCAAAGAUUAUUCUAGAUACCUCAUCUUUUGGGGGUAGAGAGAAAACAGCUGGGAUGUUCGAAGUUGGAGAAAAGAUGGCAAUGCAGGCUCAGCUGGAUACCAUACAACACAUGCUAAAGCAGUUAGUACAGGGUCCUACUCAGAGUGUCCAGGCAGUUGCUCAGCCUCCACUAAUUCCACAGAGUCCUUAUGUUCCUAACCCCUAUUCUGUGCCACAGGUACCUCUUGUAGCCUGUUGUGCAACUUGUGGGGGAAAUCAUGUAGCUCAGACAUGUCAUUUGUUAGACUUCGGUAACCAAGUCCCUCAACCUAAUGUGGAGCAAGUUGAUCUCAUUGGGUAUUCUAGACCACAGGGCCAGGGGCAAGGUUAUGGGACCUAUCAGCAGCAAGGAAGAGAUCAGUUUGUUCCCUCUUGGAACAAUCAAGGCAAUCAAGUGAGGAACAAUCCACCAGGUUUUCAAGGUAAUCAAGGGAACAGAUGUGGCAACCAAGGAACUCAGUGGAGAAAUAAUCAGAAUAAUCAGAAUCCCAAUCAAGGGCAGUUCCAACAAGGGAAUCAGAAUUUUGGGACCACUCAAGGUCAAGGUUCCUCUAGACCAUCUCAAGAUGUUGAUAUACAGCUUCUCAUGAACACUAUGAUGGCUCAGUUUGGCAAGCUACAAGCAGAGAAUCUUCGGCUGUUUGGCAAACUACAAGCAGAAAUAGAUGGUCUCAAGGCUCAACAACAAGGAAGAGGUAAUCAGUUUUCUAAUCAACCUUUAUCUUCGAAUGGUAGACUGCCAGCAAGCACAGAAAAUCCAAGGCACCAAGUUGAGGAUAUUCUUGAUGAUAGUGAGGAGGAGCCUGUGGUGCAGGGAGAUAGUGUUAAGGAGAAAGCUCCUGAGCAGAAUGAGAGUGCUCCAAGUAAAAAGCAUGAAAGGAAGAACAAGGAGGUAGAUGACUCGGUUAUACCUUACAAUCUGUUACCAUAUCCACAGAGGUUGUGGAAAUCAAAGGAGUCUGAUAGAGAGAGCAAGUUCCAUAAGAUGUUAGAUAAGCUGGAGAUCUCCAUGCCUUUUGUUGAAGCUAUCACUCAGAUUCCAUCGUACAAGAAGUUUCUGAAGAAUAUUUUGGGCAAUAAGAAAAAGUCAGAGAAGAGUGCAGUGGUGGAUCUAAGCGAAGGAGCCUUGACCUGUGCAGUUCUUCAACAUAAACUACCUCCUAAGCUGAAAGAUCCAGGUAGUUUUUCCAUCCCUUGCAUCAUUGGUGGAUUUGUAGUUGGGGGUGCUUUGUGUGAUCUAGGUGCCAGUGUUAGUCUUAUGCCAUAUUCUUUAUGUAAGAGGCUCAACCUGGGAACACCAAAACCCACCUCCAUGACCCUACAGAUGGCGGAUCGCUCCAUAAAGCGUCCGGUGGGAGUUCUAGAGGAUGUCCCGGUCAUGAUUGAUCAGUACUUUAUAUCGGGGGAUUUUGUUGUUAUGGAUAUAGAGGAGGAUUCCAAGGUUCCUAUUAUACUUGGUAGACCUUUUCUAGGUACUGCUGGUGCACUUAUUAAUGUGAGGAGAGGAAAACUAGUGAUGGAGGUGGCUGAGAACAAGAUUGAGUUUGACAUAUUCAAAAUGGCGAAACACCAGCCCUCGUAUGUUGAUGAAUGUUACUUGAUAGAAUGGCUGGGUGAGGGCACUGUUGAGAGUAGAAAGAUUGAGUUAGGGGAUUUGCAUGAUUCCCCUAUUGAUCCUGGACUCCCUGAACUGUCAAGUGUGCUGAAACAAAAGAAAAAGUUCUCUGGUUCUGGUGGUUUCUACAAAAGAUGGAUGAGGGAGCUGUCUAAGUUCAAAAGGCCACCGGAUCGCGUGGUCCACAAUCCCACCUGA